AUGAGUUUCGGUAGAGGUCGUGGUGGUGGUGGCAACAAUCCCACCAGGAAUUUACCAUUUGGAUUAGGAUUUAACGAUGUUGGUGUCAAUGAGACGACGGAAUUCCCCAGUAUACCUUUGCCAGUCAACAAUCCAGUGAAUUCCCGAGAAAGAUCACUUGCCAUUACAUAUAUUAAAUUUGGUCAGACGGUUAAAGAUGGUCCCUUUUAUACAGGUUCACUUUCAUUAGCGGUUGAUGAUAGUGCAGAGGGCAAUAAUAAGAAUAGCAAUGGCAAGAAGAAAAAACAAUCUUUAAUAGAAGAAGAAGGUCAUAUGGAUGGUAUUGAACGAUAUUCCGAUAGAUAUUUAAAGAAAAGGAAAAUUGGUACUUCUAUCGAUGAGCAUCCCUACCAUCUGGAAGUUUUCCCCAGAGAGCUUUACAACGUUAUGGGUAUUGAUAAAAAGAAGCUUUUGGUCAUUUCUGAGUUUAAUAAUAAGGAUGAUAUCUUUACCGGUGGUAAGCAGGAUGAGAAUGCUGGAUUAUCUAUGAUUGAGAAGUGGAAACAGUUAGCCGAGGAUGAGGAUGAUGAUAACGAUGAGGAAAAUGAAAAGAAUAAAGAAAAUGCUGGUGGGGAUGAAGACGUGGAUGAAGAUUUUGAAGAAGAAGAGGACGAUGAUGAUGAUUACAAUGCUGAAAAAUACUUCAACGAUGGUGAUGAUGAUGAGUAUGGAGAUGAAGAGGACAUGGGUGAUGAGCCUGCAUUUUGA